CUUCCGGCGGGGAGGAGGAGGCAGGAGAGUGUGGGAAAGGCUGGAAGGCGAGGGCCAUGGAGCAGCAUGGACCAGACUCUCUCGGGAGGUAGAGCCUGAUUGUUGCCCUGGAGCUCUCUCCUGACUCCUCGGCCUAGGAAUAGUUCCUUGGAUUGGGGACUGGGAGCGGCAGCAGAGAUAUUUUCUUCUCCUCAUCUGUUCAGAAGCCUCCAACAAGUUGAGCCCAAAAGAGAGACGGACAGACCACCAAACUAGCCUGCAGGAUGUUUCCUCAGUGAGAGGAAGGCUAUUACACAAUGGCAGUUUUUGAUACUCCUGAGGCAGCCUUUGGCAUCUUACGUCCCGUCUGUGUUCAGCUCACAAAGACCCAGACAGUGCAGAAUGUGGAGCAUCUGCAGGCACAAUUACAAGCCGUGAGUGACUCUGCCCUUCAGGAACUUCAGCAGUACAUCCUCUUCCCAUUGCGAUUUACCCUGAAGACCCCAGGUCCCAAGAGAGAGCGCUUGAUCCAGAGCGUGUUGGAAUGCCUCACGUUUGUCCUCUCUUCAACAUGUGUGAAGGAACAAGAACUUCUCCAGGAACUCUUUUCAGAACUCUCUGGUUGUCUGUAUUCACCCAACUCCCAAAAACCUGCUGCUGUGUCAGAGGAGUUGAAAUUGGCUGUGAUCCGGGGCCUCAGCACUUUAAUGCACUCAGCUUAUGGGGACGUCAUUCUGACUUUUUAUGAGCCCUCCAUUCUGCCUCGUUUAGGAUUUGCUGUCUCUUUACUGUUAGACCUGGCAGAAAAGGAAAAAUCAAAGCAAAUUAAAAUUGCUGCCUUAAAAUGUUUACAGGUUUUACUCUUGCAAUGUGAUUGUCAAGACCAUCCAAGGUCCUUGGAUGAGCUUGAGCUUGAGCAGAAGCAGCUGGGGGAUUUGUUUGCAUGUUUUUUACCUGGAAUCUCAACUACACUGACUAGGGUUAUCACAGGAGACUUUAAACAGGGGCACAGCAUUGUCGUAUCUUCCCUAAAGAUCUUCUACAAGACAGUGAGCUUUGUUAUGGCUGAUGAACAACUCAGAAGAAUCUCAAAGGUCCAAGCAAAGCCUGCAGUGGAGCCCAGAAUAGCAGACCUGAUAGUUCACAGGGAAGCCAGUUGGGUAAAAAGUACCAGUGACAAGUUGACUCUCCUUAUUAAAAAGAUAAUUGAGUGUAUUUCAGUUCACCCACACUGGAAGGUGAGGCUGGAACUCAUAGACUUGGUCAAGGCUCUUCUUCUGAAAUGCAGUCAGUCACUGAUCGAAUCAGCUGGUCCCCUUCUGAAGGCUUUGGUGGGUCUAGUGAAUGAUGAGAGUUCUGAAGUCCAGACCCAAUGCAAUAAAGUUCUGAGACAUUUUGCAGAUCAGAAAGUAGUGGUGGGCAACAGCGCCUUUGCUGACAUCUUAUCAGAAAACCUACAUUCCCUUGCCACUUCUCUUCCCCGCCUAAUGAACUCCCAAGAUGAUCAGGGCAAAUUCUCUACUCUCUCCUUAUUACUUGGUUAUCUGAAACUCUUGGGCCCAAAAGUGAACUUUGUCCUCAACUCUGUGGCCCACCUCCAGCGCCUUUCCAAAGCGCUUAUCCAAGUUCUAGAAUUAGAUGUGGGUGACAUCAAAAUUGUUGAAGAGCGCUGUUGGAACUCUGAUCAUCUGAGUACUUCUCCAGAGACCUCAGCCGUGCAGCCAUGGAGUAGAAUCCAGAGAAGGUAUUUCCGCUUCUUCACUGAUGAGAGGGUGUUCCUGCUCUUGCGGCAGGUGUGUCAGCUUCUUGGUUUUUAUGGGAACCUCUGUUUGCUUGUGGAUCACUUUAUGGAACUUUACCACGAGUCUGCAGUGUACCGGAAGCAAGCUGCCAUGGUCCUGAAUGAACUGGUGGUAGGGGCUGCUGGGCUGGAGGUGAAGAAUCUUCAUGAAAAACAUACUAAAGCAAGCCCAGAGGAACUGAGAGAGAUUGUGACAUCUAUACUGGAAGAGUACACGAGCCAAGAAAACUGGUAUUUGGUCACUUGUUUCGAAGCCGAAGAAACGGGAGAGGAAGUAACCCUGAAGCAGCUGGACCUCCAGGCCAUCACGUCUGUUGCCCACACCUGCCCUGUCACAUCUUCCCCUGCCUUCUCAAAGCCAAGUCUCACUGUUUGCUCCAUGAACAGCAACAUCUGGCAGAUAUGCAUCCAGUUGGAAGGGAUCGGCCACUGUGCACGUGCACUAGGGAAAGACUUCCAUUUGCUCUUGAUGUCAGCCCUCUAUCCCGUGCUAGAGAAGGCUGGAGACCAAACCCUGCUCAUUAGUCAGGCAGCGACCAGCGCCAUGAUGGACAUUUGCCAUGCUUGUGGCUACGACUCCCUGCAACACCUGAUCAAUCAAAAUUCAGACUAUCUGGUGAACGGGAUCUCUUUAAAUCUUCGUCAUCUGUCUCUGCACCCCCAUACCCCAAAGGUCUUGGAAGUCAUGCUGCGGAACUCGGAUGCUAGUCUGCUUCCAUUAGUGGCAGAUGUGGUUCAGGAUGUCUUGGCCACCCUGGACCAAUUUUAUGACAAGAGAGCUACUUCCUUUGUCAGUGUUCUGCACACCCUGUUGGCAGCAUUAGUCCAGUGGUUCCCAGACACAGGUAAUCCUGGGCAACUCCAAGAGCGAAGUGUAGAGGAGGAGGGAAGUCAUUUGAGUGAAAGACCAGCAAGUUUUGAGCAUACUGCCACAGCGGAAGACAUUGAACAGUUUUUGCUGAACUACCUAAAGGAAAAGGAUGUGGCAUGUGGAAAUGUCUCAGAUAAUGAAGAAGAGGAGCUGUCGGACCCUCCUAAAAUGGACAAGAAUGACACCGGUCCCAGUGUGGAGCCCCCGCUGCCAGUGCAGAUCCAGAUAGCCACGGACGUGAUGGAGCGCUGCAUCCACUUGUUGUCAGAUAGCAGUCUGAGAAUCCGCUUGAAGGUCCUGGACGUGCUGGACUUGUGUGUGGUGGUUCUGCAGUCCCACAGGGACCAGCUCCUUCCUUUGGCUCAUCGGGCUUGGCCCUCGCUCGUGCACCGACUCACAAAUGAUGACCCCCUGGCAGUGCUCAGAGCCUUCAAGGUUUUGCGUACCUUGGGAGGCAAGUGUGGCGAUUUUCUAAGGAACCGGUUCUGCAAAGAUGUCCUGCCAAAGCUGACUGGCUCCUUAGCUACACAGGCCCCCGUCAGUGCCAGGGCUGGACCAGUUUACUCCCACACGCUGGCCUUCAAGUUGCAGCUGGCUGUUUUGCAGGGACUGGGCCCCCUCUGUGAGAGACUGGACCUAGGUGAGGGUGACCUGAAUAAAGUGGCUGAUGCCUGCUUGAUUUACCUCAGUGCCAAACAGCCCGUGAAAUUACAAGAGGCUGCCAGAAGGACUGAGGAAACAGAGACCAAGACAAGCAGACUCAUCUCCCUCAGCCACAUAGCUAGUGUCAUCUGUGAUGCCAUGAAUCCUGUUAGUAAUGUGCCUUAGUCGUUCCUUGAUGGUGAGCAAUUGACUCUCCUUCAGAUCCUUUUAUAGAAGGUAAAUACUUAAGAUGUCAUCUUAAGUCAUUAGUAUGUGGCUUAAUAAAUUGCUUAUUACAUACUAGAACCUGUGCAAUCAAGUAUUUGGGGGGCUUACUAUGUGCCAUGCUGGGUCCCUGGGAUGUAGCAGAAAACCAGAGACUGUCUGUGCCCUUGGGAGUUUGUAUUGUCAAGAAGGGAGAUGAUCAAUAAACAAGCAGUUGAUAAGUGCUUGCAAGCGUGUCCUGAAAGAGAAAAAGGGCAACUACCUAGGCAAACUGGUCUGGGAAAGCUGACCUCUCUGAGCAGGAGAUGCAUGAGCUGAGAUGGGCAGGAUGGCUGAGAGGGAGCUGCCCGUCCAGGGGUGGUGCCCAACUGUCCUCAUCCUUUCUAGGAUUGCAAAUCAGGCUCAGACUCACUGAGUUGGCCAGGUGUGUGCUUACAUUUGGGGACUGCCCAGUGCAGUGACCCUGGGCAUGUGACUGAUCAUUGAGAAAUGGGAUAUGAGUGGAUAAGAGGCAGGGUAUGUGACCCCAAAGUUCACUCCAAGAUAAUGAACCUCACCCUUGGUGGAUAUGUGGCAUCCGGUGGCCCCAGAUCCUUCAGCUCUGUGUGUGCCAUGCAUAGGACACCAGUUCUCUGCCCAUGCAUAAGGUCAUAGGGCAGGGCUCAGCCUGUCCUGCCCCAGGAGAAUAACUGGUUCUGAUCCCUGUGGGAGCAUGUGCAGACCACCCAGAAUCCAUGGCUCUCCUGGCAGAGAGGGGCCAACCGCAGAGCUCAGUAGUGAGCUGGAGGGCCAGAGAUGAGGACCUGGAGACUCAGAAGCCAUGGGCCUUCCCAGACUGCUCUGAGGCUGGUCCUGAGAGCCAAGUGGGCCUGUAGUGAAGGGUGGGCCCUGUCAGUUUUCUUCUUUCUGAAACUCCUGCUUUAUACCCCAGAACUUAACGGUUUGUUUUCCAAGAACUUGGAUAUCAGUAUUGUUCUGCUCAGAUGAAUUGUCUUCUCUAUGUCAAUGGAUAUGAAACUCUACCUCUAUUUCUGUUAGGCUUUGGGACCAUCCUAAUGGCCCUGUCUUACCAACUGAAGUGGGUUUGUUCUACUAUCAAAGUGAUUAGCUUUUAUCAUCAGUUUCUUCUCAACUAGCCAAGUGGAUAGGACACCAGCAGCCCUCCUCAUGCCCCCGACACCCCUUUCU